CAUUUCUGCAUCAGACGCAGCCCAGACCUGCUCUUUCUCCUCUGCUCGCCGCUCUGCCAUCAGCUGUAACCUCAGCAGUCAGCAAGAAUAAUGGGAAACUGGUUCUCCAGUGCCUGCCCAGUAACCGUGAACUCAGUGCCGGCACAGAGACUGGGCGAGUAUGUCCAGAACUUCCUGAGACCCUCCGACGACUGUCAGAGACAGAUCGACGAGGCCAUGGACACCAUCUGUGCCACCCUGGAGGAAGCCGAGGAGCUCCCCACGGUGACAGAUGUAGCCAAAGGUGGCUCCUAUGGCCGAAAAACAGUCUUAAGGGGCAACUCCGACGGUACCCUUGUCAUCUUCAUCAGUGACCUUGGGCAGUUCCAGGACCUGAAGAGGAAAAGCCAACGUGAAAUCCUCAACAAAAUAUGCAAGUGGCUGAAAGCCGCGCAGCUCGAGCAGAAGCUGGCGGCCAAGAUGGAGAUCAAGAGGCCCUGGGGCGGGGGGCUCACCAUCCAGCUGUCCCCAAGAUGGCAGAGCGUCACUUUUGAUGUGUUCCCUGCCUUCGAUGCUGUGGGCUUCAGGAACGAGCCCUGCCUCCGGACCUACCGAGAGCUCAAAAGAUCCCUGGAUAUGACGAAAGCCAGCCCUGGCGAGUUCUCAGUCUGCUUCACAAAACUCCAGCAGAAAUUUUUUAACCACCAUCCCAGGAAGCUGAAGGACUUGAUCCUCUUGGUAAAGGCCUGGUAUCAGCAGUGCCAGAAAAAGUGGAAGGACACACCCCUGCCACCUUCGUAUGCUCUGGAGCUGCUCACAGUCUAUGCCUGGGAACAGGGGUGUGGGGCAGAAAACUUUGAUCUAGCUGAAGGCAUCAGAACUGUCCUGGAGCUAAUCAAGGGGCCAGAGGAGCUGUGUGUCUAUUGGACAAUCAACUACAACUUUGAGGAUAUGACCGUCCGGAACGUCAUCCUGAGCCAGAUUCGAUCCCCAAGGCCAGUAAUCUUGGAUCCAACCGACCCAACCAAUAACGUGAGCAAAGAUAAGACAGGCUGGCAGCUGCUGAAAGAAGAAGCUCAACUCUGGCUGUCUUCUCCCAGCCUGAAAGAGCCACCUGGACCAUCUUGGAAUGUGCUGCCGAUGCCGCUGGAGGAGACCCCGGGCCAUCGUCUGGAUGCGUUCAUCAAGAAAUGUCUGCAGCCCAACCAAACUUUCCUAAAUCAGAUGAGCAGUGCCGUUGACAUCAUCUGUACGUUCCUCAGGGAACAAUGCUUUCGGGAUUCAAGUACAAAGGUUCAGAAGCCUGUCAAGGGAGGGUCGACCAGCAAAGGCACAGCCCUGAAGACGGGCUCCGACGCUGACAUCGUCCUGUUCAUCGACUCGCUGGUAGGCUACACCUCCCAAAAAAACGAGGUAAGCAUCGUCGUCCAGAAAAUCCGAAACCAGCUGGAAGCCUUUCAGCGGCGAGAAGCCCGCGAGCAGAAGUUUGAAGUGAAGUUUGAGAUUUCUAAAUGGAAUGCUCCCAAGGUGCUGAGCUUCUCCCUCAAAUCCAAAGAAUUCAGCGACAGCGUCGACUUCCACGUGCUGCCCGCAUAUAACGCGCUAGGUCAAGUGCAUGCUGGCGUUAGACCCCACCCCAGGGUCUACACUGACCUCAUCUCUCUGUACAAACGCCUCGACCUGGUGGGGGGAGAAUUUUCGCCCUGUUUCACGGAGCUGCAGCGUGACUUCGUUCUCUCCCGGCCCACCAAACUGAAGGACUUGAUUCGCCUGGUGAAGCACUGGUACAAACAGUGUGCAAGGAAACUGAAAGAAAAGGGGUCUCUGCCCCCCAAGUAUGCCUUGGAGCUGCUCACCAUCUACGCCUGGGAGCAGGGGAGCAGGGCAGCAGAUUUCGACACGGCCGAAGGUUUCCGGACGGUCCUGGAGUUGGUCACACAGUAUCAGCAGCUCUGUAUCUUCUGGAAGGUCAAUUACAACUUUGACAACCAGACUGUGAAGGACUUCCUACUGACCCAGAUCCAGAAAACCAGUUGGAGAGGCCAGGCGGAACCACGAGCCAGGGAACCCGGGAGGCCUCUGGGGGCUGAGAGCAACCCCAGCAGACAGCCGGCCCCAGAACGGGGACCUCCGCCCUGCAAUCACGUGGAACCGGCUCCUCCAACAGCCCGGAAACCCAGAGCUUCCAGCUGGACUUGUGGGACCCACAGCAGUGCGACCAGACAGGCUGCUGGGCUCUGACCUACCGAACUGUGAGGAAACCUCUCUCCCGAAGAAACUACACCAUGACCUCUGGCCACAGGGUCGUGACCGUGACCGAAUGAAGUAGGACUCACUGGCUUGCAA